AUGGCAAUAAUAUCAGUUGGUGUUUCAACCACCACACCUGCCAGUACGACCAGCUUCAUCUAUCCGAGCCUUAAACCUGCAUUGUCACCCCAGGUGGAAGUGUUUCUCACUGCCAUCUUUUUGGCCCUCUUUUCUAUCUUGUUCCUCUCCGUUUAUGUCCAGCUCUUUAUGAUUCUCUGGUAUCGCCAUAAACGGUGCAGUUACCAAUCUGUAAUGUUGUUUAUGAUCCUUAUCUGGGCCGCCCUGCGCAUUGUCCUUUUCUCAAUGUAUUUCUCCGAAGUUUACCUGGCCAAUCAUUUACCUCUUUUUAUUUCAUGGUUGCUGUAUUGUCUUCCAAUCUGUCUUCAGUUCUUCACGCUUUGUCUUAUAACUUCAUUCUUUACUUUGGCUUAUCUCAAAGGCCAAGACAUUGGUCAGAAAACUAAUAGGAAUUUACCAAACCUUCUCCUUGGAAUUGCUGCCUUACUCUUCUUUACUGUCAACAUAACUUUUGCUACAUUGUCGAUGAAGUCCCAACGUGAACAACACGAAGUCAUUCUGUCUUACGUCUACAGUCGUGUCAUUAUCAACGAUGGACUUUUCCUCACUGUGGCCACCUUUCUUAUUAUUGUCAUUGUAAAACUCAUGAAAGUGCCGAUCACAAAACGUUCACUUGAAGCAAAGGCCAUUUCAAUGUGGUCAGUUGUUGGAGUUUCAAUAUUUAUAAUCUUUACUUAUGGGUCUCGGGCUCUCUACAAUAUGAUUGCUGUGAUACCAUCGUUGAAAGGUCAAACCCCAAGUUUUGGUUAUGGAUGGUUUGAUGUCUCUGAUCAGGCUGAUGUUGUCAACUUAAGCAAAGGCAAUGCUUAUUUGUCUUUUACGACGGUGCUGACAAUCUGGGAGUUUCUUCCUCUUGUUGCAGUUCUUACUUUCUUCCGUGUGAAACUAUACAAGUCAAAGGAAACGAUUGCAAACACUGAAUGUCAAUACUUCCCAGAUGAAAGAGCAUCAUUGUUAAAGAACAAGUUCUUGACAUUAACAUUCCGGAAUUUAAUUAGACCACACACAGUUACAAGAAUGACUCCCUUAUGCAUCAAUGAUGUUUCUCACCAACUUACCAGUACUUAUCCACCUCUCGUAUCUCCCCGUUAUGGUACCACAUGCAACAGUUUCCUUACAAAAGCAGAGAUUCACAAUUCGCCUUGA